UGGCACUGUCUUUGAAGAAGAGGAAGAGUACAGACGAGUGGGCUGUGUGUGUGUUUUUUUGUUAGCGGAUUAAAAGGCUCGGCUUUUCUUUUCUUUUCUUUUUUUUUUGGCGAAAUAUACACCGUGAGAACUCGUAUGCACUCGUAUUUUUUUUAAAAACAGGAUUCAUAAAAAAAAUCGUGGGAUUUUUUUGGUUCAUUUCCUCGACGGGCCCGGAUACAGCUCGAUAACCCAGAGAGAGACUCAACUCAGGUCCUUUCGUCCUGACAUGGACACAGGAAUUGUACCAGAAAAGAAAAGGGUGAGUUCGGAGCGGAGAAAGGAGAAGUCCAGGGAUGCCGCACGAUGCCGGCGUGGGAAGGAGUCGGAGGUGUUCUACGAGCUGGCCCAGGAGCUGCCCCUGCCCCACAGCGUCAGCUCCAGCCUGGACAAGGCCUCAAUAAUGAGGCUCACAAUCAGCUACCUGCGCAUGAGGAAACUGCUCAGCACUGAUGAGCCAAUCGCAGAGGAGGAGACAGAUCUUGAUUUCCAGCUCAAUGGCUCCUACCUAAAGGCUCUGGACGGCUUUUUCAUGGUGCUGUCUGAAGACGGAGAUAUGAUCUAUCUGUCGGAGAACAUCAACAAGUGCCUCGGGCUGGCACAGUUUGAUCUGACCGGACACAGCGUGUUUGACUUCACGCAUCCCUGUGACCACGAGGAGCUGAGGGAGAUGCUGAUCCACAAAACAGGCUCCAAAAAGGCCAAGGAACCAAACACAGAGCGCAACUUCUUCAUCCGGAUGAAGUGCACUCUCACAAGCCGCGGCCGCACCGUCAAUGUCAAAUCAGCUACAUGGAAGGUGCUCCACUGCUCAGGUCAUGUCCGUGUCAGUGACAACCGCACCGAGCAGACAAACGGGCAAAAGGAACCACCCGUCCCCUACCUGGUUUUAAUCUGUGAUCCCAUCCCACACCCCUCCAACAUCGAGGUCCCUCUGGACACCAAGACCUUCCUCAGCCGCCAUACAAUGGACAUGAAGUUCACAUAUUGUGACGAGAGGAUCACCGAGCUCAUGGGUUAUGAUCCAGAUGACCUGUUGAAUCGUUCUGUGUACGAGUACUAUCACGCUCAGGACUCAGACCAUCUCACCAAGACUCACCACAACUUGUUUGCAAAGGGCCAGGUCUGCACAGGCCAGUACAGGAUGUUGGCCAAGAGAGGAGGCUUUGUGUGGGUGGAAACCCAAGCCACUGUCAUCUACAACAACAAGAACUCUCAGCCACAGUGUGUCGUCUGUGUCAACUUUGUGCUCAGUGGCAUCCAGGAUGAGAAGCUGAUCCUGUCUCUGGAGCAGACAGAGGAUGUGAAACCAGUGAAGGAGGAGCUGCAGCUGGAGGAAGAAGAGGCUGUAGUGGAGAGCAGCCAGCCCGAGAUGUCUCCAAUCCUGCCGAAGGAGGAGGUGGAGGAGAAGGUCUCAAAAAGCGAUGUGAUCAAACUGUUCACUCGGGCAAUAGAGAGCGAGACGCUGGUCAGCCUGUACGACCAGCUGAAGGAAGAGCCCGAGGCUCUCACCCUGCUGGCCCCUGCUCCUGGAGACACCAUCGUCCCCCUGGACUUCAGCUGCUCUGAUCCAGAGAUCCAGCUCCCUCUUUACAAAGAUGUAAUGCUUCCCUCCACCAGUGACAAGCUGGCUCUGCCUCUUUCCCCUCUGCCACCCAGCGAGCCUCUCCACGUUACCACUGCCACUUCUGAGGAUACAAAAACUGAGCGCUAUGAUCCAUCCCCUUCCACUACAACAGCUAGCUCAUCAGAGGCUGACAGUCCACUGGACUUUUGUUUCCCCAUGGACUCAGAUAUGAGCUCAGAUUUCAAACUCGACUUGGUGGAGAAGCUGUUUGCCAUCGAUACAGAGCCCAAGACUCCUUUCACUACACAGGCAGUGGAAGACUUGGAUCUGGAAAUGUUAGCUCCCUACAUUCCCAUGGACGACGACUUCCAGCUACGCAGUCUGCCCCAAGAAGAGCCUCUAUCUUGUGGACCAGUCAAAUCCCUUGACAGCUCUCCAGUCUGUGUCACUAAGGACAUCCAGAGCUAUCCCAGCUCCCCAUUCAGCUCACCAGGCAGCCGCACGGCGUCCCCAGCACCACCAGAGCCAGUUAACACCUCUCAUCUUGCCACCAUCCUUGCUAUGAGGACCACACAGCUGGGCAACGAAGUCUCGCUUCGGACUUUGGCAGCGCAGAACUCGCAGCGCAAAAGAAAAUUAUGUGACAUAAAAGAGAUGAUUGGACAGGGAACUCUGCGCCAGGAAGAGCUGGAACAAGGCAAAAAGCUGAAGGCUUCAGAGUCAGGAACAACGACCAUACUGUUGCUGCCUUCAGAUUUGGCGAGUCGUCUGCUGGGAAGCACGUCAGAGAACACCAGUUCCCUCUUCACACUGCCGCAGCUCACCCGCGACGACUGCGAGGUCAACGCCCCCUUGCAGGGUCGUCAGUACCUGCUCCAGGGGGAGGAGCUGCUGCGCGCUCUGGACCACGUCAUUUGAGUCAUUGCUUAGCCUGCUCACUGCUGAACUAGACUGGACACUACAAUUUCUCCCUCAUAUUGUCGUCCCCUUCCCCUCACCCCCCACCCACCCCGACUGCCCCUUAUUUAUGUAUCUGAAUGAGUUCGACUAUAAUUUGGCUGCCGUUUGUGCACAUCAAGUGAUAUCUGCAGCAUUCCACCGUGACAAACGCCAUAGCAGCAUCUGGGGUUUUUUUUGGUGCAAGGGAUUCAGGCAUCAUGAGAUGUCCCAAUUGUCAUUUUUCUUCGUUGUUUGUUUUUUUCUCCCUCUCUCUUCCGGGGAGUCUCUCAGCACACAGCGCCUCGACAGAUGACCCUUUUCCAGCAGGUCACCACAGAACCUGGCGCUACUGCCAGCAGUGUAUUGUAAGCUUCAGUCGCACAAUUUAUAUUUUCUUAAAAAGAAAAAUAUUACCAGCAAUAUAUAUUAAGCCUUUUUAGAGUCGUUUUAAUGGGAUUUGAACAAUUAUUUUUCCUCCCAUACUUGUAUGUUGUAGUACUCGUACCUAACAAGAUGUCUUUAGUCCAGAAUUAUGAACACAUUGUUUAAACCUUGGUGGUUUGAAUGUUAUCUCCAUUUAAUAGCUAUCAGUCUUUGAGGUAAAUACAUUUAAUUGUGUAGCAGUCCAGUACAGGUCACUUUAUUACUUUACUGUAAGUGUGUGUUACUGUACAUAUACCAGGGAAAAAAAUUUAAUUUACUCAGUAUGGCUUCACGGCUUUAACUCUCAAAAUGAAAUGAGUCUUUACUCUUUUUUUCUGAUUACUUCUCAUCAUGGAGGAUUGGCAUUUCCCUCAACAUGAAGUGACUUCAUGUUUCUUUUUUUUUGUUUGUUUUUACUGUGUCACUUACUCAAAAGAGUCAGUUUAAAAUAAGUGGGUCGCAACAACAAAUUCAUAUUUUAAUCGUGUGAUCAGUCAUCAAUAGUAUCAUUCGUGAGUUGUCAAACUUGUUUGCUCAUUUAAUGGUAGUCGGUUUAAUACCAUUGUUGGGUCUCAUGCUUCUUGUUGCUGUCUAACAUUAAAUGGCUUUAAUAAA